AUGAAGCCAGCAGAGAUCAGAUUGUCUCUACAGAGACCUCUGCAGCACAGAGAUCCAGGCAUGGCACCUACAGUCACUGCAACAAUGAACAGUUCUCAGGGGUAUCUGACUCUGACUCACAAGCUCAGAAAGCCUCUGGUGGAGAAGCUACGCAGAGAGAGAAUCAACAGCUGCAUUGAGCAGCUCAGGUCUCUCCUGAGUCCAGAGUUCCUCAAACAGCAGCCAGACUCCAAACUGGAGAAGGGAGACAUCCUGGAGAUGACAGUGUGCUUCCUGAGGAGACUGCAGCAGCACCACCAAGCUGUGGACUCAGCAGCUGUUGACAAGGGCUAUUCCAGGUGUGUGCAAGAGAUGGAGCACUUCCUGUCGAAGGAAGCGGUGAAGACUCAGUCCCAGAGAAAGCUGCUGAACCCCAUCAACCAGCUGCAGAACUCCUCUGAUAAAAACCUGAGAAAGGCUGACUUCUCUCCUCUGAGCUGCACAGCCCAGCCUAGCAUCACCAAAGAGUCCAGUCAACAGCGCUCCCUGGAGGCCGUGAUAGACACCUACAGACUGGAGUCGCAACCUCACUAAACACGAGGGUCAUAUUGGCCAGAAAUUACAGAACUGAAUUCUUUAAAAACUUAAAGACUUGUUCUUCUGUGUGUACAGAAGGUUUUAGUUUGCUUUGUAAAGUAAAGGCAGAAAACAUCCCGUCAUGCCACAGUCGAGCUGAAAGACCACAUUGGUUGAAGAUUACAGGAACUUUUUCUUCUGUGUGUACAGAAGGUUUUUGUAAAAAAAAAAAAAAAUUCAUUAAAAAAAAUGUUUCAUAUGGAAAGAAUGAAAUGAGGACAGGCUAUCUUUCACGUUAAGAAAGAACAUUAGUCAUUGGUGUGCCGAUGAAAUCAAAAUUGCUUAAACAGCUACUGCUUACUGGCAAUGUAUGAAAAACUGUACACCAUACUGUGGUGAUAUAUUUUAAAUGAAGUUUGUUACUUCCUGAAUUUUAUCAUUUUGAUAAGACAUGAUUAUUUGACUUUAGUUGAGACAUUUUUCCCUAAACUAACUGUAAUCGCUUUGAUUACCCAGCAUUGUUCUGUUAUCAGAGCCAAAUUAUUAUUCUCCUUAAUCUAAGAGGAUUAUUUACGUGACACUGUUUAGACUGUAAAGUCUGUGGAUUUUGAUAAACCUGUUUAUAUGAUUUUGUGAUCAUUUUAAUGUGAUCUGUUUUCUGUCUUUGCCCUUGUUAUAAAGUGCAGUUUGUGCUCAUUCAGGAGAUUAUUUUAUUAUGAUUGUGUCUUUUUUAAAGACAAUUGGUGCCCCACUCAUUUUGAGUACAGUAUCACGGUGAUGUUACCAAGUCAUGCAUCAUCAUUUAUUUGU